ACGUGUUUUCUCCUCCCUCCUCUUCCUCCAUUCGCUCGCAGCGUUUCCUUCCAUCUUCAUUGAAUUGACGCGACGGUGCGGCAAACAAGUCCCGCUCUUCGGGGUUAGAAAGACCAAAAGUCGACGACAUUUGAGCUAAAUUGGGCCCAAACGAGACAUUUGUUGCCAGCUUCUUUCUUUCUUUCUUUCUUUUUGUCGUCGUCGAGCACGCAAUAUGGAUCCAAUGACUCAGUCUGCCCAGAUAUCUUCGUCGCAGGGACUCGCCGAUGGACAAAAUUCUGCGUUGAAAGAAUCGAGGCCGUCCGAUCGCGUUCUUUCCUCCCCGCCCGUAUCUUUUAUUCGGCCGUCACAAGACGUAAAGACGCUGCCGUGUCGGGGUAAAGGCGACCAAGGGCUUGCCACUUCCCUGCGCUUUUCCUCUCAGCCAGGCUCUUUUUCGCCUGACACUUGUGCGCAGCCCGAGUCGCCGAUCAAGACGUCUCCGGUGUCGGAGCGCAUAAAAGCUCUGGAAGCUCUCGCCGCCAAAAAGGAGACGUAUUGCCCAAGCGACUUUUCCUCGCACCACCGUGACAAAGUUCCCAAGCUGCGCCAGGAGACCAAAGGAGCCUCUCCCGACUGGCCCUUUGAGGUCCUUGGCGAACGGCGGCAAAUGAAUGCCUUUGAAGAAUCGGAAGCUCGGGCAAAGGCUCCUCCGCCGUCCGUGGCUGACUGGCGAGACGCCGCGGACGGCGGCUCUCUCCAAGGCGGCCUUUCUUCCGCAUUUAAGCCGCCUGAGGGAAAUCCCGCUUCACCUCCACUCUGUGUCCCCGACAAUUUGGUGGAAGCCGGCCACGACGAUGUCGAAGAGGCCGACUUUGCGCCAACGGCCGAUGGCGACAAUCGAGCUCCGCGGCGCUUCGAUUGGGAGCAUCCGACCUUCCCUUCGCCUCCGGACGACGGCGCUCGGGACGCUCCGCAUGGCGACAAGAACGCCGAGGCUCAGGACCUCCAUAGUUCAGCCGAGUCUGAUGAAAGGCUUGCGGAAGAUGCCCCCUCUCCAAAGUCUGAUUGUCAUCCAUCCAGCGACAUCGCCACUUCUCCUGCGACGGCCGACGCAGAAAGGGUGCCGGCGCCCAGAUGGGAACGAACACUAAUGCAGGUUCCCGCAAUUAAUGUCAUUGAAAGCCAAGAGCCGAACUGCAGCGACGACGAGCUGCAAAUGGAGUUUGAGGACGACGAGCUGGUGGAAGAGGCCGUCCAAACGGCACGGCCUGAGGAAAACAAGCAAGAAGCUAACAGAAGACCCGUCCAAAGUGAAUUCAUGGAAGGCUAUUCUCCUCCUUCCUCUCCUGUGGAGUCUGACGGCGAGCGCCUCACUCCUCCACCGGCGGAAAACAAAUUCAAGAGCGCCGCCACGUCUUGGAGCCAGGCGAGCAAGGACUCGUCCGGCAGCGGCGAGGAUGACGACUCCGGCGCAGCCCGCGACGUGGCCACCGUCUCCUCCAGAAUAGGUCUCGUGCGAGACGAUACGUACGAAGGGCGGUCGUUUGAGUCGGCCUUUGAGCCGUCGGCGCCCAAAGACGACGACGGCGGCGGCUUUGCCGCUGAUGUCGAAACGCCGCACGCCGAGGACCCGGAACCUCUGACGGGCUGUGAUAGCGGCGCUGCCUCUGAGCCUGUGGAUAGUUUUGUGGAGUUCAUGAGAGAAUGCCUCAAAUCCAGACCGGGUGAAGAUGAGCAGUACGUUGGGCGCUGCCCUCCGGCUACGCCGCAGGACCAGCUUCCGCUUGAGGCCCUCAAACGCUUGGGCGGGAGUCAAGAGGCGGGAGAAGAACGGCUGCCGAGCGCGCCGUGUUCCCAGAGCGACACGCUCGGCACCGACUGCACCCUUUCUCAAGAGGUGGACGCGUGGGUCGCCGAGGCCCGUCAUCUUGCCGAGCGCGUCUUGACGGCAAUGCUUAGCCACCUGUCAGUCAAGGAUCUGAUUCACUGGCGGGACCCCAAAAAGUCUGGCUUGGUCUUCGGUCUGUCCAUGCUGCUGCUGCUGUCGCUGGCCGCCUUCAGCGUCAUCAGCGUGGUGUCCUACUUGCUCCUGGCGCUGCUGUGCGUCACCAUCACCUUCCGCAUCUACAAGUCGGUGGUCCAGGCCGUGCAGAAGUCCGGCGACGGCCACCCCUUCAAAUCGCUGAUAGAUAAGGAUGUCAGCAUUCCUCCGGAGACUUUCCGCAAGCACGUGGACAGCGGCCUGACCUACAUUAACCGAGCCCUCAAGCAGAUGAGCCGCCUUUUCCUGGUCGAGGACCUCGUGGACUCCCUCAAGCUGGCCGUGGUCAUGUGGCUGCUGACCUACGUGGGCGCCGUCUUUAAUGGCAUCACCAUCCUCAUCCUCACGGACAUCCUGCUCUUUGCCGUGCCGCCCAUCUACGAGAAGAACAAGACGCAGAUCGACCAGUACGUGGACCUGGCUCGGACCCAAAUCGACACCACCGUCACCAAGUUGCAAGAGAAACUCCCCGGCGCUGUGAAGCGCAGCAAAACCGAAUGAUCCGUUGGAGGAGGAGAAGAUGCUCCCUAACCCGCUUCCACUCCCACCCAUCUCCAUAAUAGACUCCCCAGCAGCACACUGAACCUUGCUUGCUAGGUAGAAAAAAAAAGGAAGUCUCUAUUUAAUGUCGGACGUAGCGACUGCGCUGUGGUACCAGAGCGUGAACUAGACUGAAUCUCUGGCCUGCUUUCAAGGGUGCAUGCCAGCAAAAAUGUCUGUACUCAAAGCGCGCCGUUCGGUUUUUUUUGUUUGUUUUUGUAUCCCCCCUCGCUUAAGUAAGGAAAGAGAUUGAAGAAAAAAAAAAAAAGAGGAAUUAAUACUAACCUUGUUGUCGCCAUCGCUGUGGCUAUUCUCGUCGCUCUGCGUAGAUAAGCGGGCUCUUUUUUUUUUUGGUAGCAGGUUUGCCUGUGUUUCUGCACUGAUCUUUUAUUCUGGAAAACGCCGCCAAGCGGCUUGAACUCACAACAAUAAAAGCUUCUUGCAACAC